GCCGCGCACCCGCAGCAGCGCCCGCUCCGCUCCGCUCCGCUCCGCUCGGUCGGCGGGCGGCAGAGGCAGCCCCGGCAGCCGCGCCCUCCCCGGCCCGGCCCCGGCCCCGCGGCCCCCGCGCAGAUUAGAAACAAAAACAAUAGAGGAGAAUCACCCCCCUGGAUCUUAGCCUUGGCCUUUUUCAAGCACGGAGAAGAGGAGCUGCCAGGCUUUGCAUGUCAAGUGGCCACUCGGCUGUUUGACAGCUUCUGGGUUUCAACCCCGUUGGGAUUGAGGCAGCUCAGGCAACCACGAGCGAUGAGUCCUGUCGUCUGCUGACGCUGCUCUAGCACCAUGGCAGACAGGCUGUGAUAUGACAAGAGGAUCCAUCCUAGGGAGGCAGCGUUGGGAUCCGUAAUUGGCUUCCUGGGAAACUACAGCUGGUGGAGAGGAUGUAAAAAGAGGCGCGCAUGUGCCAGGAUAUUGCUACAGCCUUGCCGAGCUGGUGGAUCCACUUGGAGGAGAGUUUUGCCACUGAUCUUGGUUUUUUCCCAGUUUGGUAAUGUUGGCUUUGGGGAAAAUUUCUGCUGACUCACCCACCCCUGGACACCUUUUGCAGAGCGUGGCCGGCCAGUGAAGAGAUCCAACGGCGCCUUACCCCCACUGCGGGUGCCCUCCGGUGGCCUCUGGCACCAUCUUGUGCCCAACCCCAUCCCGUGGGGCAGCUGCAGCCCCCCGCCCCGGGGAGUCUCCCACAGUGACCCCCGCACCCGGGGCGGGGGUGAGUGUGCCCAAAGCUUCCAGCGCGGUCGGCUCCCGGCAAGAUUUUACCCUGUCUGCCACCGGGGUCCCGGUGCCGCCCCCCGCCAGCCCUGCCGCCCCGCUCACCCGCCCCAGGCCGCGCAGGAUGGGGGCGGUGCUGGUGCGGCGCGGGGGCUGCCUGCUGCUCUGGCUGGCCCUACUGCUGGGCUGCUGGGCUGAGCUGGGCAGCGGGCUGGAGUUCCCGGGCGCGGAGGGCCAGUGGACCCGCUUCCCCAAGUGGAACGCCUGCUGCGAGAGCGAAAUGAGCUUCAACAUGAAGACGCGCAGCUCCAGCGGGCUGGUGCUCUACUUUGAUGACGAGGGUUUCUGUGACUUCCUGGAGCUCAUCCUCACCCAGGGAGGGCGGCUACAGCUCAGCUUCUCCAUCUUCUGUGCCGAGCCUGCCACCCUGCUCUCAGACACGGCAGUCAACGACAACCUCUGGCACGCUGUUGUCAUCCGCCGCCACUUCAAGAACACGACGCUGAUCAUUGACCGAACCGAGGCCAAGUGGGUGGAGGUGAAGUCCAAACGGCGGGACAUGACUGUCUUCAGUGGGCUCUUCCUAGGAGGGCUCCCGCCGGAGCUGCGGUCAGCGACGCUAAAACUGACACUCUCCUCCGUCAAGGACCGGGAGCCCUUCAAGGGCUGGAUAACAGACGUGCGGGUCAACUACACGCAGGCGUCACCGGUGGAGAGCCAGGAGGUGCGGCUGGAUGAUGAGCAGAGCCGGCUGUGCGCCAGGGACGACGUCUGCCUCAACGGGGGCGUCUGCUCGGUGCUCAACGACCAGGCCGUCUGCGACUGCUCCCAAACGGGCUUCCGAGGGAAGGACUGCAGUGAAGAAGACAACUAUGUGGAAGGUCUGGCGCACCUGAUGAUGGGCGACCAAGGUAAAAGUAAAGGAAAAGAAGGCAAAAGAGAGCAGAACAAAGCUCUCUUGCUGAAAUCAGCAAGUGGAAACAGUCAAACCCAGUUUUAUUUUAUACCUUUUUUACCGAUGACAUGUAAAUAGAUCUUCUGUCCAUUUCCACUAAAAUUUCUAUUAUGUUUUGUGUAUUUAAGCCUUAAAUAAAUAUAAAUAGAUCAAAUAACCUCUGAUUCUCCAGAACAUAAACAUUUAGUUAUAGCUUUUUAAAAGUAGGAAAAAUACCAACUCUUACAUGUGCUAUUAGGUAUUCUAGAUGCCUAUUCUAUAACCACAUUAUUAUUAUAUUUCAAAAGACCUUGAAGCAAAAAUGCUUCAAGUCUAAUGCAAAAUAUAAAUGUAUAAGAAAAUAGAGUGAAGAGAAUCAAAUAGGUUGAAUAUAUGUUAUUAUUUAGUAAUGUGCUUGAAUAUGGUGCCCAAACAUUUGUAUUUACCCUAGAGAAAUGUACUGAAUUUUUUUAUAUCUAAACAUGGAAAAAGGAGAGAAGCCUCACUAUUUUUUAAGUCAAAAAAUUUUAUGAGGAAAUAACAUACAUAACAUGCAUUACACUACAUACAUAACAGACAUUACAUACACUCAGUCAUUACUUAUGUGCAUAAAAAUGUCAAAUAAUCUGAAACAAAAGUAGCAUUUUUUCAGAACUGCUGGGUUUUUUUUUAAUAAAUCCAGAAGCAAUAUCUGUAUAAAAUUACUCUUGAGCAUGCUGAAUGCAUUUUAAAUUUAUCAGCAAAGUCCUUUAGUUAUCAAGCUUGAGAACAUUUAUCCUAUUCAUUAUUGACAUCUCCCAGAAUUCUUUCCAUGGUUUUGUGCAAAUAGCUUGGCAGCUUUUGGCAAAUAGAGGUGAUUUUCAGUAACAUUUUUCAGAUACUUCAAAUUGAAUUAUAUACCCAGAGACAGUCAAUCUUUCUUACCAUUAAUUUUGCAAGAAAAAAAAAAAUUCUUUUGUAUUGAAGUCCAGCUCUACAAAGGGGACCUAAGCCUUGCAAUGCUAACAGAGGUUUAACCAAAGGGCUGCCAAAAUCCAGAAUUAAAAACCCUUGCCUCAGCACACAGGCUUGUUCUGCAGUAGAAGGGGGAAAUAUGAAGUGCUUUAGGGUACUUUGGGAAUUUUAGUACUGUGAAAGUGAAAACUGUGAGGUUGCUGAGUAAAGGUUGUGAGAUCUAAGGAGUGCUUAUCAAAAUCUACUUUAGGAAUUUAUAUAGGUCUCAGAUUUGGCAUUUCAACAUGACAAUGUUAAGAAGGCACACCCAUGCCCACAGCUAUGUGGCAUUUUUUGGCAUCUUGUAGCUUUCGUUUGUUACUUUGAAUUCUAGUAUAUCAAACCAUUUUAUUUUAAAGUGGCUCAAAAAAUAUGCAUUUCUAAUUGUAAUGAUGGUUACAGACUCUUGACCUGAUUGAAGUAACUCAUUAAAAUGUGAGAUAUAUUGCCAUUUGAUUAGUCUGCAAUAUUGGGCAAGGCCCUUAUUAGGCCUUUGGCCUCUUUUUUCAUGCCUAUUGAGGGUCUGGAAAGAAGGUCUAAACAGAUGAAGAUUACAACAAUAUGUGGAAUCUUUGCAUCAUACUUAAUCUCAAGGUUGGGAAUAGAACUGAGCUGUAACCUGGGAUCUUUCUUAAACAUGGAGAGCAGAGUCACUUCCAUGAAACAGGUUGAUCCAGCAGAGACAACAGAGUCACCAGGAUGGUGCAGUCUCACAUGCACAGAUCUUUUAUUGCUGCUGACUGAGAUACACGCAAGAAAAUAUUUAUAGUUUUGGUCAUCCUAGGCUAUUUGGGGUGCAAAAAGAUUUCCUUGCCAGAGCUCAGAGGUUCAGGACUCAUCUGCUGUUAUAAAAGUCAGUGACAGUGUGAAGGCUGGGGUGUGCUGAAUGAGGUGCAGUCCAAUGCAUUGAGCUUGGUGUGUCAUCUUGUAAACAGGUCUGAGGUUUCCUUCUAGCUGUCAAGUGCAGCCUUCUGCAGCUGUUAGGUGAAUGUCUACAUUUACAGAUCAACUUUCAAUUAUUUAAUAACUUCCUUAAAGAAAACAAGUGUUAUUUUACAAGGUAGGAUUGAGGGGAAAAUGCCUUACAAAUCCAUUCAGAAUUUGUAUGAGAAUUAUAUUAUCAAAUGUCAGCUAAUAACUAGCACUUAUUAUGAAAUUAUUUAUGUCAUCAUCUAGUUUUCAGUUGUCUUGGAGCAGGAAUGCACAUAUUGUAAUGGUGGUCAACAGCUGGACGAUGAUCUUCGAGGUCUUUUCCAACCCGAACAAUUAAAUGUUUUUUCAAUGGGUUUUAUGUAUCAAAAUAAGGACAGAGAUUGCAAAAUCAAUAUUUUUCUUCACAAUUGUUCUUCUUUAGACUCUUCUGUGGAAGUUCUACUGUUCUGUGUUUUCUUUGGAAGGAAAGACAAAACACUUGAUGCCCUAUACCCAAAUCUUACUUUUCAGCUGCAGGAAAUGCUCCCACUCUGAUAAGUAAGGUUUCAACAUGCAAGCAUGGCACAGAAUGAAAUUUCAUUGGGUUAUUAAGUGUCAUGCUUUAUUAAAUCUGGAACCAGAUUUUUCUGUAGCUACUGCCAAUUGCCAAGCAGGACAAGCCUGAAGUCCAAGAGCAUGGGGCUGGAAGUACAGGAGAAGAUAUGUCCAUUGUGGUAAGUCCAGUAUGGUCAAGAUGAAAGAAGCCGUCAGGGAUGGGCCACUAAUUUCAAAAGGCACCUUUCUGCUAAGAAGGGGUCCUCAACAGGCAGAAGAUGGUGGAGGGCACUAGUGUUGAAUUCCUUUGUGGUGAAUCCCAAGCUGGCAGAGCAGUUUUGUGGCGCAGAUAUGUGAGCAGUGGUUUCUCCACAGUGAGAAAAGUAGUUUUCAUAGUCCAUCCCUUGGUACUAACAACUAAUUGCUCCAAAUAUGUAAGAGAGUAGACACUGCUAUUAUUUACUGUAAAGGAGUUGGAUAUAACUCUAGAAAAGCCAAUAUUCUGCCAUGAAACAAGCUACUAAUUUGCUUAUGUGGUAAAUUGAGAGUGCUGCUCUUACAAUUGAAUUACUAGUAAGAAAAUGGAAAAAGGCCACACCUGCUCACCUUCAUGCAACUCACAGAUAUUAUUGGCUGAUGUGGUAGAAAUUUGUUUUGUGUUUAGAAUUAUAGUAAUGAAAAGGGUGAUCAAUAUAGCUAAUAUUACUAUUGAUUCAAUAUUGCUUUUUUUGUUUAACUUGCAUUACUGCUUUGCUGUGAUCCAUCUCUCUUGUAAGCUCUUUGUUCUCCACUUCAAAGAAAUGAAAAUACACAUCCCUCAAUCUAUGUCUUGAAGUAUUCAAUUGCUGCCAAAGGAAUGUUUUUAACUUUGGGCUUUAAUGGAAGUCUUUAAGACUUUGAGCUACAGCAGAUUAUAUCAUUAUAAUACACUUUAAUCUGUGCUAUAAUUUAUAAAAGUGAAGGGGGUUUACAUGUAUAUAAAUGGAUAUACUACUAUCAGUGUGAAAAAGCAGUAGAUUGAAUAGUAUAAAAGUCACUAAUUUUGUGUAUAUAUAAAUUCCUUUUUGAAGCUUUUAGUUGAAUUAAUCAAUUUAAAAUCAGAUUACUUAGACACAGCAAAGCUAAAUAUAUUGGCAUUUUUCUCUCUGACCUUUAUGGAAUAAACUUAACUCUGCUUUUAAUAAAUAAUUUGGCUGUGAACUUGUUUCUUAGUUAAGCUCUGGAAGGGCAAUAUUCCAUCCUUACUGAAGUCUAUGGAAAAAUUCUUCUUGACUAAAAUGAGGAUUGCAGUUCAGUCUUCCUAUUUUUUUUCAGUCUUCCUAUUUUUUAAGUCAUACACCUUACAGAAAUUUUAAAGAAUGAUUCUAAACUUUCUCUAUUUUUUUUCAUAUGGGAACUGUAUAGGAAGGAAAUUACUGUCUAACACUCAACUACUUGCACAAGAAUGCAGAAACUAUCCCAGUCACAAAAUAGACUAGGUCAUAACUUAAUGGCAGAGAAUAAAUUAGAUGAUAUUGUGAAGAUAUCAAAUUAAGCAAGAAUUAUAAAUAAUUUCUUAAUUAAAGCUGAUAAGUAGUUAGUGUUAAUUACUGUAUUAAAAUUAGAACACAGAUGAGGAUACAUUUCUGUAUUAUUUAAGUUGCAGUUUUAAUAUCAACAAUACUAAUGAAAAGUCGCUUUCAGAGCUGGGAAUGUGCUGUAGUUAGGAUAAAAUUGCUCAGACUCAUUUGACCAUUGAUUCCGUUUUUCAUCAUGUUCUCUUAAUGAAAAAAGUUGUAGUCAAUCAAACAUGACUGUUGUAUGAUGCAAGGAAAAACACAGAUGUUCUAAGUAGAUUUUAAACAUUAUUCUGGUUUUGGUUGCUGUAAACUAUAAACUUCUAACUAUUACACUUCAUAUGAAUAAUCUUUGUUUUUAAAGAGACAUUAUUUUUAUAAGAAGAAAUAUAUGCUUUUGGUGUCUGAAUAAUUUGAUCUUAAGGCACAGGAAUAACAAAAUAUGCUUUGGGGCUUGCAAUCUCAAGCCAGCUUGCUAUAUCUGACAUUUAUCUGCCCCCAUUCAAUUUUGCUCUGGGGGAGGACCAGCAACUCUUUGAUUAAUUUACAACUGCUUCAAUAUAAAAUCUUAGUUGUGGCAUUAUGAUGGCAGGUCAGCAGCAAUACCCCUUUGAAGGUGCUGCCUUUGAAAGGCUGGAAGGCUCUGGAUGUCACUUACAGAUUUUUUUACUGUUUUUUUCUCUACAUUCUGUUGAAGAUUUUUUUUCCAUUGCUCAUAAUCAUGCUGAGGAAUGAGGUCUUAGCCACACAUUUAUAAAACUCUAUGUUCAUGUGAGCAAUUGCAGAGUAAGAAAAGGGCAAAAGAGCCUAUGAGUAUAUUUUAUGAAAACUUAUUCUGUUUCAUAAAUUCUGCUAGCAGCAAGGAUCUAAUUCAGCUGCUGUCGUAUUUCGGGCCACCUUGGAGGUACUCACGAAAAAUGAUGUAACUUCAAACGUCCCAUUACCCCAUCAAAGGAUUAAUAGGAAACAAUGCUUCUUGAGAAAGGCUCUGCAUUGCUUCUUCCCUGCUGGGGUAAGUCCCAGACAGCUGGCUAACCUGUGUUAAUAGUCUCUUUUCUGUCAUCAGACUCCUGUGAAAAGGUGUAGGAAAGCUGGAAAAGUGCUGUCUUUCCCUUUUGACACGUGGCAUUGCAUUUGUAUCUUUUCCCCCUCCCUUAUGAACUCACUUGGAAUUCAAAAAGCACUUACAUGAGAAGAUGGUUCUGCAGAUAAUCCUGACUUUAGUUUCUGUCUUUAUCAAGACUAUACUAUUCUAUACUUAUUUGAAACGCACGUUUGCCUUCUCUAGUUGAAUUAUUCUUAAAAUCUUGGUUAUUUCUGAAGAAUAUUAAUUGUGGUGGUGACAUACAAAGACAUUUGCUUAAGAGACAUGACUGUUAGUCACACUAACCAACAAACAAAACCUUUGAAACCAAGCAGCACCUGCGUGUAUAUUUCUAUUACUGACUCCAUGCCUGAGUUCCUGGGCUUAUACCCUAAUAAAUAAAAAGAAAAAAAAGUUAAUUUUAUGGUGCAAUUUCGUGAGAAGAAGGUUACUUGUGACUUUUCUUUACAUUCACUAAGCCAAUCUGGUGCAUGUUCUGACAUUCUAAGGUCACUUAAAAUAUCUUUCUCUAGAUUUAUACAUGCUAUAUGGAAAAAAAAAAGGGAAAACAAACAUUAGGAAAAGGAACACUGAAUCACAGUAAUUUAAAGUUUAUGAUUCAUUACAGUUUGCAUACUUUAGUUUAAUUCUUUUCUAGAUUUUGUUCUGUAUGAUUUUUCGUUGUAAGAAUGACAUUUGGGGAAAAAGAAAAAAAGAGAGAUUCCAUCCUCUGUGCAAGAAAUCUAUUUUAAGACUUUUUCUUUCUUUCUUUCUUCUCCCUGUGUGGUUCACAAAGAUGAAAAAAAUGUAUUGAUCUUAGCAAGAGAUCAAUAGGCAGAGCCAUUCACAAUUAGACAUUCUGCAGAAAAUAACUUGAAUCAAAUUAACCUGGAGCACCUGCUGCAUUUUUACCAGGUAACCUUGCUCUCAAGCAGGUUUUAAGUAUAAUAAAUUAUAUAUAUGUGGUAAAAAAAGGUGCGUUGUGAAUUGGUAAAGAUAUACUCACUAGGUUGCCCUGUAAUCCACUUUGUAAUCACACAUUAGUAUAUCUUUUAUGCUUUGAGAUUACAGGGUUUUAUUUCAAAAAAAUGGUGGUCAUACUGUUCUUAUUACUUUUACUUCUAAAGGUCAUGUUACAGUUGUCAAAAAUAAGCAUAGAUCUUGGUAUUAAUAUUUUAAAACACAAUGCCAGCAAGCCCAUAUUGUUACUCUCCCCAUGGUAAUUUAAGGUUGGGGAUCUUUACUGAUUAAACCCUUCAUUUUAAUUUUCAACAUUUGCAUUUAAAAGGUAGCUCCUUUGACUGGUAAUAAAUGAGGCAUUGGUUAUAUUUAAUAACUCCUAUGCAUUGUGGUGUCACAGCAGACCCACAAGAUCUUACAUGCUGUCACAUUUAGGAUGAUAGAUUUUUUUAAACUGCGUUGCAUAAAGAUGAAUCUUUUGUGCUACCUUGUAAGGUUGCCAUGGUGACAGAGCACUGCUUCAUGGGAAUUUCACUUUUCUGGUAACGUUAGAUACUGAACCCAAAGCUUCUUCUUUAGAUUGUUCUUAAAUCUCACUUUUAAUACGAUAACAUUUUGUAGAGUCUUAUAAUUCAUAUUUUGUAUCUUUAUUUGCUCAGAAAUGUCUCCUAUAAUGCUGUCAUAGGUAAAGUACUAAAAGUUGACUUACCAAAUGAUGAGCAUGGUAGACACUCAAAAGAUUUUGGGGUUUUUUAUGUUCCACGCCAUUGCUCCAUUUUAUAAAUAUUUUGGAUGUGUUUUGCAAUUCCACACUUUCUCUGAACUAUAAAAAGAAAGAUCUGAGACCUCUAGCUGUGGAAAUAUUUCUAUAAUGGGAAAACAUUACAGAUAAUAUGCUGUAGAGAGAUAAACCCUAUAUUUCUUUUUUUAAAUUAUUUUGACAGAAAAUGAAUUUAAAUCAUAUCUAUAUACGGAAAAUGGUUACAAAAUUACAUCUGCAAAUAAAGUCCCUUUUUUUUUUUUUUUUUUUUUUUUGUGGAGUUAUUGUGCAUUUCUCUGUAACAGGUAAUGUUUUUUAUCAUCCUGUAUGCAUAAGAAAUCAUAUGGGAACUUCAGUUGAUCUGACAUUCAUAAGCCAAUGAUUUUUUUACCUUAACAAAUAAAAAUGACUGACAUGGAAAUCUUUAUUCCCUGCCCAAAGCCCCUAUUUCUGAAUGCUUGGUUGUGGAUUGUUCACUGUGCUGAAUCAGCCAGAACUAUAAUGUUCUCAAGAUACAGCCAACUCUUUGACGUAUGGCAGAAAAUAUAUACAUGGAUAUAAGUCCUACCAUUUGGUACCCAGUUGGAGCUCCCUAGCUAUGCUAAUGAAAUUCAUGCAACAGGAAUAUUUUUCUGGUGGAAGGAUCUCUUGCUGUGUUCAGAUGAAAACAGAUAAAAUAAAGUGCUUUCCUGAGGAAAGUGUUAGAAAUUGUUCUGCACGUUCUCUGGCCCCAUUCACAUUGAAUGUUCCCCCAGAGUGCUGCAGCAUUUGUUCAGAGCGCCUAUGGGAAAACCUGGCAAACAACUCACAGAUGACUGAGCCAACUGAGAACAGGUGCUGAAAGAUGUGAGAGCCUCUUCCUGCAUGGGGAGAGAUGUCAUUGGGCUCUCUGCUAAUUAAACGGGCCUUCCUUUCCCUCUUACACCCAUUUGAAGCAGUCUUGGAAAAAAGAAGUUGAAAAGUCAAAAAAAAGGGAAGCCUCAGGGAGAAUGGCAUGAAGUGAGGGAAGACCUUUGUUUCUCACCUACUUGCAAAAUUUUAAAUCUCUUCCAUCCAAUAUUAGUGUUUAAACAUAUCUACAAACUGUCCUGCUGUUAGUGAAAUCCUUAAUUGCCUCUAAACUUGCAUGCUGUCCUCAUUUUCAUAAACUUGGCAAUGAUAAGGUUUACAUGGACCUUUUGUGCUUGAUGUCUUUCUCCUUCAAACUAAGUAGCAUUUCAAAUGUUUGCAUCAUGUUGCUUACAUGAAGAACUAAAAGCUGUUCAGCAGGCAGCUUGUUCAAUAUCCUUUUUUCUUCCUUUUUUUUUUUUUUUUUGGUGUAAUAUUCUUAUCACUAAUAGAGUUUCUGUAUGAAGAGCAAGAACUUUUAAAAAUGUUUCUUUUACUUGAGUGGGAAACCUCUGGUUUUGUUAUUUUUCUUAAAAGCUACUAAAUGUCAACAUGUGCUCUAAAAUCAUCAUUGAUACAAAUAAUUUGCCUGUUCCACAAAUAAUUAGAAUUGUGUUAAUUAAUUUUAAACUAAAAUUUUAGAAGCAUCAUUAAUAGAAAACAUGAGGCUAGCAAAGCUUUUGUUUUCAUAUUUCAUAAAUAACUUAAGCUUCAACAUUUUUCUCCAGACUAUCACUGUCUUUGAAAAUGUAAUACAAUUUCAAUAAAUUGUCUAUAAAACGUGUAAUUAAUGGUAGAUUACAUUACUAUAAUUAAAAUCACUGCAUUCUUAAUAGUAGAUAAGUUGACAAACUGGUAAGGAAGGCUUCAAAAAACUACCACUCCUAUUACUGUGCUUAUUCUAAAUGAUAUUGGUAAUUCCCCACUCUAUGUAAAUUAUUAUAUGUAGAGAGCCUCAUGUCCUCAAAUACCUGUUCAUCAAGGGCGAUCUUAGUUCUUCUGGCAUCUCCUCAAAUAUUAACAUCUUUUUUUCUUAAAGAGGGAAUGUUCCCCUGUUCAAGAGGUUCAACAUGCAUGUGACUUUUUAAAUCUACUGCAGUAGAUAAAAGAAGAUAUGAAGACUCAGAUCUUGAGCUGCCUUCUCCAUCAUAAUAUAAAUUCAGGCAUAUUUGGGAUAACAAGCCAUACACUGUGAUCAGAAAAUCUUCUUUUUCUAUUAGCACCUACUUCUAUGUGAUAAAGAAUGCUUUUAUAGGGAAAUGAACCAAUAUUCUCUCUCUGCCAACCAGAGAGGGAAGACAGACAUUAUUUUUAAUAACCAACAGUUCUUACUGUCCUAAAUUAUUCCUAAUUGAUUGUUUUAACAGAAGCACUAUUUUUUUUCACAUACAUGAAUAGCAGAAAAAUCACUUUCACUUCAGAUACAAGCUGUAUCCAGGAAUCCUGCAGUAUUAUCAUUGCAAAUAAAGUGCAAUGACCCCUAAUAUACAAAAGGUGAAAUACUCUGAUAACACUCAGAUUUCUAUUUACUGUGCUGACUCACUUCUGUGCAAUCUCCCUUUUGCAUCCCUCCCUGUAAUAAGGAAGUUGUACUCUGCAAAAAAAGAUUAAUUCAUUCUCCAUCUGCCUGAUGAGGUUCACACCAAUUUCUUUCAAAAAAUUAGCAAUUUUUUUUACAAGCUUAUUUUUCACUUUGAACAUGCUGAAAGGUAUUGUGUGGCAGGAAUGUAGCAGGAUGCUGCUGGAUAUUUCCCAUAAGCAACGCUAAAUUGUCAGACAAUUUGAGUGCUCUUCAAGAGCUCUGUAUCUAUUGAUGCAUUUAUUUAUUCAAAUGCAAUUUGAAUAAAUAAAUGCAAUAAAAUAAAUACAAUUUGCCUCAGUGUAGCUUCAGAAACUCACUUAAGCAGCAGCAUAGUUGAAGCUUGUGCAGGGUAGGAAAAAGGCAAGAAUCAAGAAUAAGAUUUGGAUAGUUUCUUCCAUAAAUUAAUGUUAUCUUCCUGCACAUGUCUGAGCAGGGAUCAGUAGUAAAGCAAACCAACACCUCCCAGGAGAGAGAACUAUGUCCUCUCUCAUAUAACCUUAAAAUAAGACCUAAACAAUCAAGUUAAGUUAGAGAGAUACUUAUUUUACAGCAAAUUUAUCUGAAAUACAUUUAUUUUAUAGUACAUUCCUCAGCUUUGUUUUCAAAUUAUGUUUGACAUAUAUUGUUAAGUCAUUGAUAAAGUGCUCUGAAGAGUGAUUCUACAUUAAUAAAUACAUUGGAAAAGCAAAUAAAGUACUGCCUACUGUAUUUCUGUUUUUAAAUGGGAAUAGAUAGUUAUAUAUUCUGUGCAAAAAGCAGUCAAAAAUAACAACCCUUUAAAAAUAGAGUCAUCUUAGUAGUAAUUAAAAAAGCUUAAUGAACCAGAUUUUUAACUUGAUGGUUUGCGUUGUUUUUCAAAAAAUAUGUUAGUUCUGGAAAACCUCUCCAUCUUAAACAGUAUGCACUAGUUAAGGAUCUGAUCUAUUUUCAUCAUUUCCAUGGUUAACAUCUCUGCUCCUCACUGAAGACAGCCUCACUAAGGGUGAGCAUUCUUAGCUUCUGCUGCAAAUUGAGUUAUAAGAACUUUGUCAUUUGUUGUUGUUGUAUUUGUUUAUUUAAAUUAGCACUUAAAGUGGAACAAAGAACCUCAUAGGAGCACUCUCAGGUAGAAGUUUUGUAGACAAGACAUAGAUGUUUCUUUGGUUUCUGUCAUCUAAGUAUGUUUCUUAUUUGGUUGGUUCCUUGUUAAUCAGUGAACAAAGACACAAUGCUCCAGCAAUGUUGGAAAGAGCCCUGUUGAGCCUAUGACCUUGAGCUUUAUUUAAAUUAGUAAAGUUCUCUGAGUGGUUUUGGAGGUGAUAAGAAGUAGGCCAAGGAAAGCAAUUGGAAGGUUGUUUACUAGGUAAUAUACUGGUGUCAGAGGGGAUUUUUUACCUCUAGGAACCAGCAUAUCAUAACUCCAUAACAGAGUAAUAACAUUAUAAAAUGUUUAUAUUUGCUUUAGGCCUUUGUGAUCAAAAUAUAAUUCCUUCUCUAUACGAAAAGCUGGAUUCUAAAAACUUUUUUUUUUUUUUUUAUUCCCAUACGAACUGGGUUUUCAGGACUUUCUGUGAAGUGACACAUUUUGUCGAUGUUGGCUAUUACCGAAAUAGUGUUGAUGUGAGAUUCAUUGAAUCAUAAUCAAAAAAGGAUACACGGCUACAAAUGUGGAUGCAAUCUGGAGCCUUUUUGGCCACAUGCUCAGCCUGAGUAUCACAUGUGCUGCAGCGACUUACCUCAUCGCAUUGCCUUAUGGAAUUGGCUUCUGCAUUUAAACUGCACCCUGGCCAGAGGAAUUCCUAGGACACUUCUAAAUGCAUGUUAGGUAUUCUCUAGAAGUAUAUGCAUUUUUUUUCUGGCAGGCUCUGACAGGACUUUAGAAAUAAGUUGAGUGUGCUGUAGAGAAUCACCUAAAUAUGUGUGGGAAAGAAAGGGACUGUUGAGAAGUCCUUGAAAGUGUAUGCAAACCUUACUAAUUUGGGCUUCAUUUAAGAGUUUCUGAGAUCAUAAACCAUAAUGUGCAGUGGGGAACAGAGUUAUGUUCUAACCCACUUUAACACUGACACACAUUCAAAGGCAGUGACAAAUUAAAGGAUAGAUGAUUCUUAAACUGUUUAAUUAAUUUAGCCUUCCAGGGAAGAAACACAACUUUUCAACUCUAUAGAAAGUUGUGCAUUUAUUCCUCCUCGUCAAAAGAUAUUUAUUUACUUUUGUAAUGACAAUUUAUCUGUGGGGUUUUUUUUUAACUAUUACUAUUAAUUUUAUUAAUUAAUACAAUUUAUAGAAUUAUAUAACUAUUUCAGCUGUCUAGAAGCACCUAGAAUGAGGUUGUAAAGAGGUGGGGGUUGUCCCUUCUCCCAAGUAAAAAGCAAUGGGACAAGAGGAAAUGGCCUCAAGUUGUGCCAGGGGAGUUUUAGAUUGCAUAUAAUGGAAAACUUCUUCAUGGGAAGGUUCUGAAACACUAGAAUAAGCUGCCCAGGGGGGGUUUGAGUCACCAUCCCUGAAGGCAUUUAGGAGUUGUGUACGUGGGAGACUUAGGGAAAUGGUUUAGUGGUGGCUUAACAGUUGGACUAGAUGAUCUUAAAAGUCUUUUCCAGCCUAAAUGUUUGAUUUGGAGAACUCUUAUUCUUAAUUAUAUUGUUGUAUAUUUAUUUCUAUUUAAUUAAUAUUUAUAAUAACCAGGAGAAUGUAAACAUUAUAAAUACCCAGUGUCUCUCUUUGUGAAUAUUAGAAGACAUAUACCUUCCUUUUUACACUGGAAAAAAGUGUAUGAACCUUCUCAUAGUUAUCUGAAAAUGUGAGAGAUGAUGUGAGAAGAGUCUUAUUUCCAGAGUAAGAAAUCUUCUUUCUAGGCUCUAAAUAGAUGAGGGUGCUGUAAUAUAUUUAGGAUACUGUUGGACUGAGUUUGUAUUGAUAGAAAACGAAGACAAAUGCUGUAGGUAAAAGUGACCUUGCUUCCUAUUUUAAGACAAUCAAGAGUUUCCACAUAACUACAAUCAGUAUUCAAGUGUCCUCUGACUGCUUAUAAUUGCUGGUGCAGAUGCAUUGAACUUGUUCUCCAUUUUCUCCUUAUGUCCCACCUUGUUCACACUGAGAACCAGAGCAAAGGCCUUCCCUCACUCCUUCCCUCCAUAUCAAAUCAAGCCCAAGCAUGAUAGGCCAGAAUAUUAAUAAAAAAAACCAACCAGUUUUCCAGGAUCUUUAUGGCCCAAUAUAAUUAAACUAAAAUAUGUUAUAAUUAUGUCUAGCUACAAAAAUAGAAAGUAAUAGGGUGCUAUUUUUUCCUAGUGCUGAAAAUGCAUUUAGGUCACUGUGUUCUUUCAAGGAAAGGUCUAUGCUACUUUAUCACCACCUGGAAGAGAGUUGUGGUAAUUUCAUGGAAUCAAAGAAUGCUUGGAUUGGAAGGGACCUUAAAGAAGAAUUAGUUCUGCCCUCCUGCCAUGGGCAGAGACACUUUCCACUAGACCUGGCUGCUCAGAGCCCCAUCCAACCUGGCCUUGAACACUUCCAGGGGUGAAAAGGGGUGGGGCAUCCACAGCUUCUCUGGGCAACCUAUUCCAGUGCCGUACCAGCCUCACAGUAGAGAAUUUCUUCCUAAUUUCUAAUCUAAGCCUUUUUUGCUUGGCAAUUUCUUGGAUUUCUUUGCAGGUGUUUUAAUUGAUUCCUGUUAAGAAAAAAAAAAGAAAAAUCCUAAAACUUGAAAAAGUUGUGUUGACAUGACAGAUCUUUUACAUUAUGUCCUAAGGUGUUGAAUCAAAUUGCAGACUCUUCUUGUUACCUGGGCCAACAGAUGCUAUAGACAGCUGCAAAGCUACUUCUAAUAAAAAGGAUUUUAAUUGACCAUGACAUCUGAGACAUUUUUCAACUAUAUUUAAAGAACUGUCUGCAUUAACGUCUACCUUAGAAAAAAAAUCAUAGCUUUUAUUUUAUUACUUAAUAUACAUUUUGGAUUUUAAAAGAUAAUUUUUCAUUUCUAGUCUAUGGGCUAAAUUACUAUUUUGAUGAAGCAAUUCACAAAUACUUUUAUAGAACAGCUGGGAUUUUUGGCAUGUUCCCUGCUGACAGUUCUUAAGAAAUAUGUACCGCUACCCAAGAUUUUACAUCUAUUGAGGUCUUUUUAGGAUCAGGCUGUUGCAGGCAGACAAGGUGUUGGUGUGGAUUUUCACCAAGUACUAAACUAUCUUCUUUCUUUCCCUGUGCCACUUCAAUAUUACAAUAUUCCUUUUUUAAAAUAAAUAUAUAUCCAUCCUAAUUUGAACUUUUGCUAAGACAGCUCUAUAUAUAGUGUUGUAUGAUAUUAUUUCAAGUCAUGCAUAUUUUAUUUAUAUCUUUCCUAACUUCAAAAUCUACAGCCAUAUGUUUCAGCCAUAUAUCAGCAGGGCUGAGCAUCUGCUCUCUACAAAGAUGAAGUAGUUUCAGGGGAAGCUGCAAGUGAUAAAACCCUUUUCAAAUCCAAAUUCAGAGAAUCACAGCACAGUUGGUGCUUGAAGGGAUUUGUGGAGAUCUAGUCCAGCUCCCCCUGCCAAAGCAGGUUCACCUACAGCAGCUUGCUGGGAUCACUCCCAGCCAGGUUUGGAAUAUCUGAAAAGAAGACUUUACAAUCUCUCUGGGCAGCUUGUUCCAGUGCUCUGCCACCAUCAAACUAAAGACAUUUUUCCUCAUAGUCAGAUGGAACUUUCUGUGUUUCAGUUUGUGUCCAUUCCUCUCUCUUUUGUCACAGGGAACCACUGAAAAUAGUCUGGCUCCAUCCUAUAGACAGCUACCCUUAAGAGGUUUGUGAGCACAGAUAAAGUCCUGUCUCAGUCUUCUCCAGCUUAAACAGACCCAGAUCCCUCAUCCUUUCCUCCACUCCCUCUGCCAUUUUCAUAGCCCCCUGCUGGACCACCCCCAUCAAUUCCUUGUUUUUCUUGAACUGGGAAGCCCAGGAUUGGACAUGGUGCUCCAGAGGGAGUGUCACUAGCUCAGAGUAGGGUGAGGAUCAUUUCCCUUGACCUGCUGGCCACACCCUUCCUCAUGCACAGAAUUUGUCUGUCUUAUUUCAUUGCUUAAUACCUCCCUCUGAGCUAGCAGGAUAGCAAUGAAUCUCAUCACAGAUAUGGAACUACAUUUUAAAAAAGCAUUUUAGAAAUAAUGCAGUGGGCCAGGCAUGAGUAAGCUGGAGCUACAGUUUUCUGUCUCACACAGUCAUUCAGAUAAUAUUUCAGGGCUAUGUGGCUGAAUCUUGAUUGGAAAACUGUCCCAAAACAGUAGUGUGAGUUAUUAUCACAAUAAUUAUUAUUAUGAAGGAAAAGGGUGGAGAUUAUUGGAACCACAUAAAGAAGCAUUAGUGCUCUAUAGCUCCUCAACUAGGAUACCUAAGGAUCCCAGACUAGGAUUUAGCUAGAAAGGGCAGGAAGGAGCAGGUGUUGACUGCCUCUAGCACAAAAGUGUGUGCAAAAUUCCAGAGCCAGACAGAAAGCUGAAAUCCCAUUCAGGAUCACUGUAAGUAAGAAUUAAUUUUUUAAAAAAAUAUAAUUCUUUAGGACAUCAUAGUCCCUAUUCAACAGUUAGGACAGUGUAGUCAAGGUCUGCCCCUCUGGAUUUGUCCUCUUGUGCCAAAGAUGUCUUUUGCAGACAUAAACCAAGCAGUUUCUAUCAAAUUUGGUUCUGUCUUAAUGUAAACCUUUCCCCUCUAGGACUGUAUUUGAUUGCUUGUAUGCUUAUUUUUAUUUUCUUCAACUACUUGUGGGAAAUUAAUGCAUUUCUCAGUUUUUUUUUUACUAAAGAGAAAAGUAUAUGCUGAAGAAAAAGCCAUACAUCAGGGUUAAUAUUUACCUCAUUUACUAAACUUUGGGACCAUUUGGAGACAUCCUCUUUCAGGAAAAGUACUGCCAGUUCAGCAUAAUUUUUUCAUAGCCUGAUAUAAAUCUUUGAUAUCCAGUUCUGGAGGGAGAAAAAGAAUGGAAAUAAUUUAAAACUACAUUCUGCGUUGUAUUCUUCAAAAAGACUGGCUUCUGCUAAAGCAGAAUUCAAACAACAGAUGAGAUAUGUCCCUCGUGGUACAGAUGAUGUGUUAAAGAAAAAGUACUCACUGUGUGAAUCAGGGAUUGUUGAGAUUAUACAAUUAAGGAGCUUUUUAAUUUUAGGCCUUCAGAAUUUUGGGGAAGCUCUCUUAAUGCAUGCCAAAAUGUGAAUGUGGCCACCUUCUGAAAUUUCUCCAAGUUUAUUCCUACCACAUUUUGCUUCAGAUGAGCCUGCCUGUGUAUUAAAUGCAGAAAGAGCUCUCUGUUUGGGUGUUGGUUUUUGAUAUCCAUUCUCUAACACCAAUGGUUCUAAGAUCUGGAUCUAUGCUAAGAAAAUAAAAUUAUAUUUUGAUUCUAGGUGAGACCGAAACUCAGGAGAUUUCAAAAUUAUUAUGGGCUUUUCAUUUUAUUCCUGUGUCUUCUGAGGUCUGGGUUUGGCUUUCCAGCUUUGUUCAUUAGGGUAGUGGAAGCUGAAAUUGUUAUACACCACAUCUCCUAAGUGGGAACUACUUCCUCAGCUUCUUUUCCCACUUUUCUACAGUAUACAAAUGUUGUGUAAAAAACCCCAAAAAAACAAAAACUGAAACUAUCUAGCUCCAUAUUAGAAACAUUUUUCUAAGUGGAAUUUGGAAUGUAAAGACAGUUGGCCACUACAGGACAUUAAAUACUUGGGAUCACCACCAGUUAAAGCAUCAUUUAUUGAAACUGAAAUUGCAGGUAUGCCCAAAAUUAGGAUUUUGCUACUCCCUGUCACAAAAGGAUUUCUUUAAUCCAGGGAGUCCAAUGUCUUGACGUAAACUAUAGGCUUAUAAUUCAAUAAUAAUUAAAAGUCAUAUAAAAUGCUGAAAGACAGAUUUAAUAUUGGAAUCGUGGAUUUAAUAUUUCCCACCUCUAUGCCUUUUCCCUUGAAUAUUCAGAGAGAUAUCCAAAUUGUUUCCACUGACAUUGUUAGUAAGCUUGACUCAUAAGGGCUUUAUAGAAUUAUAAUACUUUAUCCUUUGCUGAAAAUAUUGUGGGCAGAAACAAACAGGGGAUUUCUGGGGAAGAGGAAUGUGCAAAAAAAAUUUUAUUUGCUUUAAGAGUCCUGUCUGUUUGUUUGGAAUGAGUUUCUUUUCUGAUUUCAGGGCAUCUUAGGGAGAUUAUUUAUUCCUUUCUAAAACCUACCUGAUAAAGUGACUUUUAAUAAUUCAUCUCCUUGCCUCACAUAAUUAAAUGACUUAUAAUGUAAGCAUUUAAACAGAGAUUUAGAUUGCAAAGUAAGCUCAAGUACCCAUGACACAAAGCUGUAAUGUCCUUUUGCUCAUUGGCAUUUCCAAAAGAGAUCCAUGCCUAAAUAUCUCCCAAAGAUUUUAUCAAGGGAUCAUUUAACUCUGCUUAAAAAAUUGUCUGGGUAGUUCUACAUUGUGAAAAUUAUCAGAAACUUCCCAACUAUUAUACCAGGAUGGUAUGCAAAAUAUCAUAUAGAGAUACUGGCACUGUUCCCAGAAACAACAGGCCCAGACUUUAAAAAAAAAGACAAAACAAAACCCCCCACCCCUCCUGCUUUUCUGGAGAAAAGCUUAGCUAGUUUAGACACAAGGAAUCAAUGAUGCAGAUAGCUCCUUCCCAUUCUUGACUAGAUAAUUCACUUUCAUCUCAAGGAGCAGAUGGGAGAUACAUAUAUACCCUACAUGUAGCACAGAUUGGAAAGGUUUUUAAAAAAAUUAUACUGGGGUGUUGUCAGCUACCUUUUCCAAGACUAGAAUUUCUAAUUCCCAUUUAUUUUACCACUCAUUGGGAAGAUUUAAAAUAUGCUCAAAAGUUGAUACCUUUAAUCCUCUUUCAGGUCACAUGCAGAAUUUUCUAAUAGCUUAAAAUCUGAGGUUUUUUUUCCCAGGUUGGUAGACUUUGAUGUAUACUCUUGAUUUGCAUCAUGCACAUGCCAAGUAAUUCCAAAAGAAAUCUUAAAACAAACCCCCAUGCUUUAUGUGAACAAUUUCACAUUGACAAUGAAGAUGAAUUUUUUACACUACUGCAGCAAUUCUAAGGCAUAAAAUUUGUUCUGAUCAAUCAUUAGUCAAGACUCACAGCACAUAACUCUGAGAUAUGAGAGUGAAGAAGAUAUAUUAAAACCAAAAAAUGUAUAAAACUGGGAUAGAAUUAGUAUUGAAUCUGGCAUCCAAAUAGUACUGGACAUAGCCUUCUAACAGCAAAAUCUGUAUAUCAUCUAUGAAAUUAUUGCUGAAUUGGAAUUAUUUAUUGAUGAAAACUGUUCAUGUCUGCUUUUAAAAUCUUCAGAAGUUGUAUCUAGGGGAAAAGACAAUUGCUGAGGUUAGGGAGUAGCUGUAAGGUGUCAGAUAGCAAAACCAGAGCGUAGCAAAGGUUCUGCUCCCCAUUUGUGGGAUAAAAAAUAGAAACUGCUUGUUUUUCUUCUCUUUAAUGAAUUUAGAUAUUCAGUACAGAUGCCCUGGUCACCUCUUGAACAAUAAUAUGUUUCCUCCAUCCCUAGAGAUGCAUUUUUACUACCUCAAAAAUCUUCCAAUUGUAAAUUCCAGCUGCAGAAAAUCCUCAGUGUUUCCACAUAAACUCAUGAAAUGCAGCUUUCCUGAACAGCAUCCAAUUUGCUAACUUCUCCAAUAAUUUGUCUAUUAUAAUUUCAAUAGGAAUUAUCUUCAUACUGUGUUUUUACAGUGGCUAGAAUAGCUUGAAAAGAUAUUAAAUUCCCAUAUUACAAAAAUGAAAAUUAGUUCAUCAAACAGCUUUUAUUUCCAGUACUCUCUUCAUUUUCUAUGGGCUUUCUCAAGCUUGUUUACAAAUGUAGUAGAUCAAUAUAAUUUUUCAGUGAAGUUGGUGUGAGAAAUGAUUACACAAAUUACUCUGUCCAUUAUAAGAUAUCAUCAUGUCUUUCUUUUUUCAUCCCUCAGACCAUAAUUUCAGCCUUUUAACCUUGGAGUAGAAAAUAAAUGUUAUAAAUUAUGUUCCUCAGACAGGAAGGUGUGACAAUCUAUGACUAACUUUGGGCUUUUAUUAAUGGUCUCUUUCUUUAAACUCUGAGGAUAUGGUUCAUUGAGAAAAGGCCAAAUAUUAGUCAAAGAGUAAGACUUCAUGUUGCUUGAAAACGCAGAUGAAAGUAUGUUCUUUUUUUUUUUUUUUUUUUUUUUUGCAAAUU